AUGGCUGGCAAGGGAAUUGGCUGUUUGGCCGAGGCCAUGGGCGCUCUGCGGGUGUCUGCCAAGCCGGCGACAAUCCCCAGAGCCUUCACAAGGUCAAUGGCUACACAAGUUUCGUCCAGGGACGCCUCUACAGAAACGCCGAAACCUGCCAGCACCACACAGAAGAUCCUAGAAGCAUGGAAGCCCAUCGAAACCGUUCCUGUCACAAUUCACGACUUUCCUUCGCUGGAACCUACAUCUCUCGAGCGAUGGUCCGUUGACCACCUUUACCUCCCUCUCCGCCGCGAUAUCCUCCACCUUGCCGUCACCUACGAAGGCGACAACACCCGUCAAGGUACCGCCUCAACCAAGACCCGAUACGACGUCCACGGAUCCCACCGAAAGAUGCGACCCCAAAAGGGUACCGGUCGUGCCCGUAUGGGAACCAAGCAAAGUCCUAUAUUGCGUGGUGGUGGAAAGACAUUCGGUCCUCACCCUCGCGAUUUCGGAACCAACCUGAACCGCAAGGUCUACGACAAGGCCUGGCGUACCGCUCUGAGCUACCGUUACCGACAGGGCGAUUUGAUUGUGUGCGAGGAUGGUAUGGAUCUUGUAUUGCCGACCGACUACGAGCUUGUUGCUGGAAAGUACCUCAAGGACGGAUUAAAGGAGGCUUAUCUUAAGCGAUACAUGACAGGAGUGCUGGGUAACCUUGGUCUGGGCCGUGCCUCUGGCCGAACACUUUUCGUCACUGGAAACCGACGUGAGGCUCUUUUCGACGCCAUGGAGCAGGUUCCCUGGGAAGGUCGGGCACUCGAUAUGGAGGAUGUCGACGUCAAGGACCUCCUGGAGACAGGCAAGGUCGUCCUGGAGCGAAGUGUGCUCAAGGAGCUGAUCAAGCAGCACCAGAGUGAUUUAGUGAGCAGAGUUGUUAUGCAAGGUCUCGUCAAGGGCGGACCUGAGACAGGGACGAGAGUGCUCGGGGCUUAA